GAGAGGGGCCCCUUACCCCAUUCAACGAUAUAUAUAUAGAUACAUAUAUAUAUAUAUAUAUAUAUACACAUAUAUAAAAAAUAUAUAUAUAUACACACACAACAUAUAUAUAUAUAUAUAUAUAAAAUUGGUGAUACCGCGAAGCAACAAACACUUGAGUGUAUAUCGUUACGGUACCGAUCGAUUGUAUCGAGUAUUAGUUAUCGACUAUCGUUCAUACUACAACCGGGAUCUAUUUAUCGACAAGAAAAAGACGAACUCGACAAUAUGUUGGUGGAACACGCGGCACAGUGGAUCUGGAAAGCGAUGGGCGGCACCAGGAUCGAGGCUCUAUACACCCUCCUCGUGUUCUUGGGUGUACUCCUGAUUGUGAGGUGCAUUCAGUGGCUGAGGUACAUCCGUACCCUACCGCCCGGCCCGUGGGGCGUGCCAGUCUUUGGCUACCUACCUUUCCUCAAAGGGGACGUCCACCUACAGUACGGCGAGCUGGCAAAGAAGUACGGCUCGAUGUUUAGCGCACGCCUCGGAACACAACUCGUCGUUGUUUUAAGCGAUUAUCGGGUUAUCCGCGAUACUUUCCGUCGCGAGGAGUUCAGCGGUAGACCGCACACAGAAUUCAUCAACAUCCUCGGUGGAUACGGUGUCAUUAAUACCGAGGGCGCUAUGUGGAAGGAUCAAAGAAGGUUCCUCCAUGAGAAACUUCGUAGUUUCGGAAUGACUUACAUGGGUGCUGGAAAGAAGAUCAUGGAGUCUAGAAUUAUGAGAGAGGUCGAUACUUUUAUCCAAGGUUUAUUGUCGAGACAAGGAGCACCGACGGACGUAUCACCUUCCCUCGGUAUGUCGAUCAGCAAUGUGAUCUGUUCGAUCAUCAUGGGAGUUCGCUUCCAUCACGGUGAUUCGAGAUUCAAAAGGUUCAUGGAUCUGAUCGAAGAAGGAUUCAAGUUAUUCGGGAGUAUAGCGGCUGUUAAUUUUAUCCCGAUUAUGCGUUAUCUUCCUUGUCUUCAAAAAGUUCAAAACAAGAUCUCGCAGAAUCGUGCCGAAAUGGCUGAUUUCUUUCAAGAAACGGUCGACCAGCAUCGAGUCACCUUCGACGAGAACAACAUUCGCGAUCUCGUCGACGCUUAUCUCUUGGAAAUCCAGAAGGCUAAGGCCGAAGGACGCGAGGCACUGCUGUUUCAAGGCAAGAAUCACGAUCGUCAAAUGCAACAGAUUCUUGGUGAUCUUUUCUCCGCCGGCAUGGAAACGGUCAAGACCACAUUGGAAUGGGCAGUGAUUCUCAUGUUGCACCACCCCGAGGCUGCUAAAGCGGUACAGGAAGAAUUGGAUCAGGUAGUCGGAAGAUCGAGAAUGCCGGCAUUGGAGGAUCUACCGUUUCUUCCGGUGACCGAGGCAACGAUCCUCGAAGUCUUAAGAAGAUCGAGCAUCGUCCCGUUGGGAACAACUCAUGCUACCACAAGGGAUGUAACAUUGAAUGGUUACACGAUACCGGCUGGCUCUCAAGUUGUACCACUAUUGCAUGCAGUACACAUGGAUCCGGAAUUGUGGAAUGAACCAGAGGAGUUUCGUCCUACUCGUUUCCUUUCCGCCGAAGGAAAGGUCUGUAAACCGGAGUAUUUCAUGCCGUUUGGUGUCGGUAGGCGGAUGUGUCUCGGCGACGUGCUAGCGCGCAUGGAACUCUUCCUAUUCUUCAGUUCGCUCUUACAUACAUUCGAUCUUAGGCUACCUGAGGGCGCCUCGUUGCCGAGUUUGCGCGGUAACGCAGGUGUCACCGUAACACCAGACCCAUUCAAGGUUUGCCUAUUUCGAAAGAACCUCGAUCUCCUCGAGUGCGACCCGAACGAACCUUCUAGCGGGCCACUUCGUAACGUUGGCAGUCUCUGAAUGAAGAAGUUACGGCCCCGAGACGAUCACGGUUGUUGGUUCCUAUCGCUUUAUCGGAGGAAAUGAACUUUCGUGCUCCUCGCCGAGCGUGUGCCGACGGAUAGAAAGAAAGAAAGAAAGAAAGAGAGAGAGAGAGAGAGAGAGAGAAAGAAAGUAAGCAAAAAUGAAUGAAUGAAAGAAGGAAAGAGAAAUAGAGAAGAACAUAAUAUUUUCAAAAUUCUAUAUCGACGAAUAACGAAAGGAUUUCGAUUCUAAUGAAGGAUCGUAAAAGAUUACGAAUCGCGUGAAUAUUAACGAUGAUAAAUGUAACGAAGGAAACAAGGAUCGGAUAAAUAAGUUUCUUCUCAAUUUCUUAUGCUAUAAAUGAAAGAAAGAAUGAAAAAAAGAAAAAAGAAAAAAGGAAAAAAA